CUCUCCUUCGAUUCUGCUACAUCAGUUUAAUCAGAAAAAUUGACUUUGAUUGAGGUUUAUUCUCCUUUCAUAUCUUCCAUCUGAUAGUGAUGUUUUUCUCUAACCAAAUUUUCUCUUAGAUUACAAAAUGGAAAUAAUUCAAAAGUUAAUAAUACUCUCUGUUUUCAUAUCAGCCCAAGCCAUAAACAUUUUUCCCGAUCUUAUUGAAGUGGCUUUAGAUUUUGUACAACAUUCAGACAAGACAUUUCAGAUAAACAUUGAAAAUAAUGAAAAUGUGUUAAGACAAAUUAUGGUAUUAUCGAAGAAAGUUGACACAAUCGGUGAAACAUUUCUCCAUGAGGAAGCGGCUGUUGUCAAAUUUAUUGAAGAUGUCCACACUCAACUCUCUUUAAAGAUGCACUACAGUGAGGUAUUAGAAGUCAUAGAAAACAUCGAAACAUCCUUUGAUUACUUUAUGACAAACAUUCAUAUCGGUACUAACUUAUUUGGUGCCAGUAAUGAAACCAUGAUGUUUAAACUUGAAAAACAUACCCUGGAAGAAUUUGCAACAUUCGCAGUUUCUAGCCAUCCAAAAUCGUUUUUCAAGUCAUUGCACAAAUUAUACAAACUCCAUGAGCAGAAUGAUAGAAUUGGAAAAGUUUUUAGAAAGAAAGGUUUCUUCGAAGAGAUUAUCUAUAAUUAUAAGGAGUAUGGUGCUUUGAGAUGCGAACUUCAACAAUCUGUUCAACAAAUGCUUUUUAACAUCUUUAACGUACUACAGUUGGCUCAAAUAAAAGCAUUUCUCAUGGUUCAAUUUUCAUGGACACUCUUGAAAACAUAUAACAAAGGUAAUUUUACAAUGGAGAUAAAGGGACUUAGACAAGAAUAUAAAAUGGAAAUAGAAAAUCAAGCAAAUACAUUAAAAUUAUUCCAACAAGUAUCUAAUGAAUUUAUCACGUGUGAUCCCAAAUUACACCAGAAAGAGAAAACCUACACCGAACUGACUCGUUUAUUUCAGGGAUUCAUAGUCAAUGAAGUAGAUCUAAACGAGCAAGGAACUUGUAAAUAUGACUGCUCUAGUUAUCAAUAUUCAAAACAACACAGUUGCUUCAAAAAUAAAUUCUGUGCAAAGCAACCAACAUGUAAGGGGAAUGUGAUCGGUUGCAGGUUCAUCGAUUCUGACAUGUGGAUUUGCCAGGCACCCUUAUCUAGCCCAAAAAGAUAUGACUGGAUUGAGUAUGAAAAUGGUAGGAGGCUUGGUUAUAAAACAAGCUGUUCAAGAUCAGUGACCAAAGUAGAUUCGUGGUGGCGCUGGUUAUUCUGGCAUUGCUCUUAUUGCUUCUGUUAUUGUGAUGAUUCAAAUGACCAGCAAUCGCACCGAUAUUUCAACAUGCGUUAUGUCACAAGCGAUAUAAAGAAUAACAAAGCAAUCGUAGGCUUGAGAUUUAUUAAAGUCAACAAAAUAAUUCAUUUACAAAUCAAAGAAGGUGAAUUAGGAAAAAAUGGCCAAAUUGGUAAUGCAACAUGGCUUCCAGUUGAUAAUUACACUAUCUCCGAUGAGGGUAUAAAGGCUGAAGUGGAUUAUCACAUAAUCACUUGGCAGGAAAAAGCUAUUGAUUUAGAUGAUUUAAUUGCACCUGAAGACUACGUUUUAACAGGAGUGAAAUUCAGAAAAAUUGGGGGACAUUUAAACCUUGAAAUCAGAGUCACAAAAGUAGAUUUUCAAAAUGGUGUUUUUGUGGACGAGGGACGAUUAACCACUUGGAUCAGUAAUGAUAAUACUGAUGCUGCUAGAGACAAACCAAGGACUCAAAUUAAACUGGAACGACCUCUCGAUAUAGCCAAAAUAAAUCAUGGAGCAUUUUACCCGGAUUCUGAGUCCAAUCAGUUUGUUGAAUUCACCAACUCAGACAUAGAUUUGGAUGCAGCUCAGACUGUGUUACCAUUUAUUGACACACAAAUUGUGGCACCAGAUCCACCAGUUCUUCUCAGUGGUGCAGGGCUUUACCAUAGAGGGAAAAAAUACUUUGGAGGAUUCAUUGCUCCAAAGGUGUUCACGUUUUACUAUGGUAAAAACAUGCGUAAAAACAAAUCUAUCAUGGUAACCAAUGUUUUAACUUAGAACAUUCAUAAAUAUUGAACUAGAUGUUAUUUAGUAAAAAAAAAGUGUUGUAAAAUCUGUAAAAAAUAAGAUCAAAUAAAACAUUGUCUUUAAAAUUUCAA